GCAACAUUGGUAUAAUGUCCGCCACCCGUGAGCGAAACGUUCGCUCGAUCUCGCUCUGUCGAUGAGUUUGGGUGGAAGCCAUUUUAUUCUUGUGAAUGUUAAAAAAUAUUUUUCGGGAUUUCUCGAUUUCAAAUUAAUCGUGUCAAUGUGUGCCUACAACAAGUGUCUUUUGUGACGUGCAUUCGUGCUGUGAAAGUUGAUAAUGUUCGUGUUUCAAAUCGGUUUGUGUUGACCUGCCCGUUUCUCACACGGACGUACAGGCAGGCAUCGAUUAGUGCAGACGGCAGCCUCUGACGGCGAAUCGAGGCCCUGGAAUAGCUAGUGGUGUGCGCCAUGGGCAAUAAUGCUGCCACCGCCAACAAAAAGGUGGAUGCCGCCGAGAGCGUCAAGGAAUUCCUCGACCAGGCCAAGGAGGACUUCGAGGAGAAAUGGAAGAAGAAUCCUACCAACACCGCCGGACUGAACGACUUCGAGCGAAUAAAAACGCUCGGGACGGGCUCGUUCGGCCGAGUCAUGAUAGUUCAACACAAACCCACCAAGGAAUAUUACGCUAUGAAAAUAUUAGAUAAGCAGAAAGUCGUAAAGUUGAAGCAAGUAGAGCAUACGUUAAACGAAAAGCGUAUCUUGCAGGCGAUCAAUUUUCCUUUCCUCGUAAGCCUUAAGUUUCAUUUUAAAGACAACUCCAAUCUGUACAUGGUUCUGGAGUACGUCCCGGGCGGUGAGAUGUUCUCGCACCUCCGCAAGGUGGGGCGAUUUUCGGAGCCCCACUCGCGGUUUUACGCCGCCCAAAUAGUCCUAGCGUUCGAGUACCUCCACUACCUGGACCUCAUCUACCGGGACCUCAAGCCGGAGAAUCUGUUGAUCGACUCCCAGGGCUACCUCAAAGUGACCGACUUCGGCUUCGCGAAGCGAGUGAAGGGCCGCACGUGGACGCUGUGCGGCACGCCCGAGUACCUCGCGCCCGAGAUCAUCCUCUCCAAAGGCUACAACAAGGCGGUGGACUGGUGGGCGCUGGGCGUCCUCGUCUACGAGAUGGCGGCUGGAUACCCGCCCUUCUUUGCCGACCAGCCGAUACAGAUAUACGAAAAAAUCGUAUCAGGUAAGGUUCGCUUCCCGUCGCAUUUCGGCUCGGAUCUUAAAGAUCUCCUGCGCAACCUUCUACAGGUGGAUUUGACGAAGCGAUACGGCAAUCUGAAAGCGGGAGUGAAUGACAUUAAGGGACACAAGUGGUUCGCGAGCACCGACUGGAUUGCAGUCUUCCAGAAGAAGAUCGAAGCACCGUUCAUACCUCGCUGCAAAGGACCCGGGGACACUAGCAACUUUGAUGACUACGAGGAGGAGGCGUUGCGCAUCUCGUCGACGGAGAAGUGUGCGAAGGAGUUUGCCGAGUUCUGAGCGCUCAGAUGGAGCCUGCGUGCGGACAUUACUUUGCGCAGGAGUGUUGUAAUAGUGAAUCUUCCAUGACAGAGUCGUGGGGAGGCGACAUGCCUCUUGCGGGCAGCUUUGGCUGUACAUAGACAUUGAAGUGCCCGACCAGGCACCACAAGUGUAUCAAAGAGUGUAGGUGAAAUGAUGUAGAACUGACCCAGAUAUUUUUGUGGCAUAUGUUCGCUUAGUGCCCUUUCAGUUGGAGUAAACAGAUGUGGAGGUGCGUAGCUCCCUCUGGUGAUAUUCUCGGAGACAAACUGAUAGUGUAGCAGUGUUACUGAACCUUAUUGUCAGUACUGAGUGUUCUUUUGGUACUCCGUAGUUUGCCUUUGAUAGCGUUGGAAUGUGGUAAGCUUUAGUCUUUUUUUAAUUGUUUUUAUGCAAUUGAGACAGAUUGUGUAACUAUUAUUUAGGUUUUCUUGUCGCUUAUUUAGAUUUAUAGAUCGUCACAUCUAAUCUUCUCAAUUUUCGAUAGUAUCAAACAGCAUGUUCACACCACUACUUUUUUAUUACCAUAAAUUUUUUAAGGAGGAAUACAAGAAAGGUUUAGCUGUUUUAAAUGUGCAAUCAGAUUUUACUUUAAUUUAUAUAAAGGUUAAUAAAGUUUGUUUUGUUUUGAAAAAACAACACUAUACUAUUUGACCAAAUACUUAAUGCAAUUUUUUAUCCAGGAUAUUUUUGAAACUCAUUUAAACUUGUAAAGUAUUUUAUGCAGACUAAACAGAUUCCUAAAAGGAUAAAAUUUAUAGUUAGUGGUGUAUUUUCUGUCACUAAUUAAGUCUGUUGUUAGUAAUGUUGUUUAGUAAAGUAAAAAAAUCUUUAAGUGAGUUUCAAAAUGAAAUGAUGCAAAGAUUGCCUUAACGUACAAAAAAAAUAACUUGAAUCACAUUUUAUUCAUUUAUUCAUAAUACUACUCUAAUUAAGUACUAUUGGUCAGUGAGUAUCUUAUAAAUCAGAUAUAAAUUCUAAGAUAAAGGCAAAUCUAUUUGUUUAGAUAUCUUUCUGUAUGAUUAACAUUUAAGUACUGAUGAGGUAGUCAUACAAUAUUAAUGCAUUAUGUUCAUCUAAAUAAAAGAAUUAGAAACAUUAAAAAUUUCAAAAAAAUUCAAAUUCAAAAUUCAAAAUAUUUUUAUUCAAUUAGACUUUUACAAGACUUUUAUUUACUUAAAGAAAGCUUAGAGGGUUAACUU